AUGCCUAUAAACGACUCCCCCGAUAGAGCCGCCCGAACGAAGAAAUUCCAACAGAUAAACGAUGCGUAUUACGUUCUCUCAGACCCGCACAGGCGCCGUGAGUACGAUGCAGCACGUCGCACCUCGUCCUCGGCGGGAUCAUCCUGGGCCCACGAGCACCCUCCCCCGCAGGCUGAGUCGUUCGCUUCCGACCAGUUUGGAUCGAUGUUCGAGGAGAUGCUUCGAGAGGAAGGUAUGUCGGCCAGUGAAGCUGAGGCCGCCGGGGGAUAUCUAUGGUCCAUCGUAGGAGGUCUUAGCGGCGGUGCUAUAGGGUUCAUUGUUGCGAACUUCCCGGGAGCUGUGGCGGGAGCAGUCGCAGGAAAUAGGCUUGGAGCGGUGAGAGACAAGAAAGGGAAGAGUGUCUAUGAAGUUUUCCAAGAGUUGCCGCAAACGGACAAGGCAAAGAUAUUGAGUCAGUUAGCCACGAAGGUCUUGCAGUCAGCCGUGUCAUAA